AUGAAUCACAUCCUACACGGUUGGACCGACAAUACUUGGCAACGAAGUAACUGUAGGGCCAAUUUAGGCUGUAUUCCACUACUCUUUACUUGGUUUAGCGCUGUGCUGGGUCCUGUCGAUAUAAAGACCCAGAUCCUAAUUUCUGAAUCUCAGAGGUUACCCAAAAGCAUGGCGACUAACAAUCCAGACUUAGACAGUGCUUUAGCACAGCAAAGCCCAACUCCUGAAAAGAGCGCACAGCAGGCUAAGCCUGUAUUUAAAGAGGCGGAACGAUGGAAUCAUCCCAGGUCCAAUAUACUCAAGACGCUGGCUACAUUUUGGAGUUUUCUGGUGAUGGGAGCGAAUGAUGCCGCGUAUGGGCUCGAAAAUUAUUAUAAUCUCUCUUAUACUAUCGUCUCUCUAGUUUUCCUGUCACCGCUGGGCGGCUAUACCCUGGCUGCGCUACUUAACAACAAGAUCCAUACAACGCUUGGUCGCCGCGGAGUGGCCUGGAUUUCCCCGGGAUGCCAUUUAUUGGCAUAUAUUGUCAAUUGCGUCCAUCCCCCAUAUCCAGUUCUAGUAGUGUCCUUCAUUUUCGCGGGUUUCGGAAAUGGAUUGGCGGACUCAGCCUGGAACGCUUGGAUUGGCAAUAUGGCCAAUGCCAACGAACUCCUGGGACUCCUACACGGACUAUAUGGUGUUGGGGCAGUUCUGUGCCCACUGAUAGCGACUUCGUUAAUUACGGAGGCAAAAGUGCCCUGGUACUAUUUCUACUAUAUUAUGAUUGGUUGUGCCGCUAUCGAGCUUGCGUUUUGUCUAACUGUCUUUUGGGAUUCCACAGCAGCAGCCUUACAGGAGGCUACUCCCCAAGGGGACGACCCUGCUGGAGGCCUGCGUCAAGCUCUCUUCACGAAGCGAUCUGCUAGGGUCACUUGGAUUUGCGCAUUCUUCCUCCUCGGGUAUGUCGGCAUUGAAGUCGCUUUGGGCGGAUGGAUCGUGACGUUCAUGAUGCGAGUGCGACACGGAGAAGACUUCGCCAGCGGCAUGGUAGCCACGGGCUUCUGGCUAGGCAUUGCCUGUGGUCGAGUAGUACUCGGUUUCAUCACUCCACGAAUCGGGGAAAAGAUGGCCAUUAUCGUAUACUCCCUCUUCGCAAUAGCCUGUGGACUCAUCCUCUGGCUCGUGCCUAACUUCUACGCAUCCGCCGUCGCGGUCUCAUUCCAGGGAUUCUUCCUCGGUCCUUUCUUCCCAGCUGCAGUUAUUGUCGCUACCAAGUUGCUUCCACGAGCAUUACACGUCAGUGCCAUUGGGUUUGCGGCGGCAUUUGGAGGUGGUGGAGCUGCUGUGCUGCCUUUCGUUGUGGGCGCUAUUGCACAGGCUCGAGGUGUGCAGGUCUUGCAGCCAUUUAUCAUUAGUCUCUCCGGUGGGAUUUUGUUGUUAUGGUUGGGGCUUCCACGGAUGCCAAAGAAAGGCGACAAAAAGGGGGAGGGGACUUCGCAUGUAUAG